AUGCUGUCCCAGUCUUCCACAGCUGUUGACCCUUCCGCCUUCUUAAGAGCCUUGCAGCGUGAGAUGUCCAGCAUUAGGAAGACCCCAUUCAACAUUAAGCAGGACGUGCCAGAAAUACUGCUUCAUCUCUUGGGUGAAUUAACAGACCCUUCGGUUAUCGCAAAUAAUAUCAUCACCAACAUUAUAACCACUACGACGUCAUGUAAUGCAUGCUUCUUAUCAACUAGCAGGGAGGAAAGUAUGCCUAUUCCCGAAAAUUUGUCUGGAAAUGACAGGUGGCUUUGCCCGCAGUGCUCUUCUUAUCAAGACAGUACAAGCGAAACGGUUUUCACCGAGUGCGGAGACAUUCUAAUUAUCCAACUGAAGAGGUUUACGUUUCUUGAUGGAAGAACCCUAAAAAAUAACAAGUUUGUUACCUGCCUUGCUUCACAUGACGACAUUUUUAGAGUUCGCUCUCAGCCAACGGAUGACAUUCCAUGUAACAACAAAUAUUCGUUAGCUCCCACUAUUAAUCAUUCGUUCACCCUAGGAGCUGGUAACUAUUGGGCAUUCAUUAAAGAUCGCAGCUGUGGCUCAUGGUUAAGAUGUGACGAUAAAGCAGUUGUUAGAGUUGCACCAUCCGAUUUCAAUAACUCUUCUGUGUAUGUGUUGUUUUUUGUGAAAAUGGAGGCUAAGUUUGCGCACUUGAUCUACAGGAUUAACGAUCCUGCUGUACCCAUAGUUAUUCUUACAACAUUUUCCAAUUUUGAAACACCUUUGGUAGCAACUCCUAUCUUACCGUUUUCAAUUGAGCAUUAA